UUGACACUUUGUAGUUCUCCUCCCACACAUUUUUCUCUCUCCAGGCCCAAAACUCAGUCACACAAAAGUAUAAAUUGCCCGUAAUAAUUUAAUAAUGUGUGAGCUCUCUUUGGUGAGUUAAUCUAGGUUUGUGCCAAAGGAAUUACAUUCUAAGUGUGGAUUUUAUCUAAUGAAAUAUUUGGGGAGGGAGGGAAGUUACUUUCCAGUACUAAAAAUCUCUAUAUUUCCUUUUGAGCUUCAGCAAAACUAUCACCUUCAAAGUACAUCAGGAACCUUUGGUGAAAUUUCAUAAAAGAGGAAUCUGACAUGCAUAGAUGAAGAAACCCUUGAGAGGUGAGGCAUCCUGUACCGAUGGUUCCAGAACUUCUUAAUUAUCUGGCCAGACCCAGAAGUGGAAAAACCAAACAAACCCAAAUCAACUUGUCCCCUGAGUAAAAGAAUCUAAAACUGAUCUAUCCAACAGCUAACUUGUCUCUUUAGAAAAGAAAAGGGGAAAAAAAAGGAAAUUAAAGGAAGAAGGACUUUGGGUUCUGAAAUGGAACAGUUUGGGGAAAAGGCCAAAAAGAACGUAUAGGAGAGAACUUGGCCCUUUUGGAUAUCUGGGGGUGGGGAAGUGUGGGGAGAAAAUCCCGAGAAGUGGGGGAGAGUUGGACAAUUGUGUCGGAGUCCCUGAGGUAGAUGCAGGGUAUGGGGGUAGUUGAAGCUGGGGGGCAGGAAGCUGGCCCCAGGGGAGCCAUCAGGGCUCAUUGAAGGGCUGAGCACUUGUUUAGGGUUAGGGCUGUCGCCUCAGGGGAUCAGGAUUGUCCAGCCAAAACCAUUGUCCUCCCUUCCCCCGCCUUCCCCAGUCAGCCCCUUUGAACCUGACUCCAGAGAUUCCGCCCUCCCUCUUUCUGCCCGCCUCUCCUCUGCAGCCUGGGGCUGGAUAUCUGAACUGGGGAGGGAAAAGAAGGCGAAACUGGGGUGGGGUGUCAGACAGGAGUUUCCCUGAGGGGUUGAGCUGACUGGGACCUGACUUUGGCUGGGUACCUGAGCAGAAUUGGGUGAGGAUCUGAGCCCCACAGAAGCUUAUGUUCUGUCCCUAAGUAGAGGAUUGGGGGUGAGAGGGAUGGAAUGACAUCUAGGGUACUGAAAGGUGACAUUUGUUGGGAGAGCAGUCCCAUGGCUAGUUGAGUAUGUAGACCUUUAAUCCACGAAGUAACUAAUAAGAUAUCUACUUGGUUAGUGCCUGAGAGGUUGAGUCAUGAAGGGAACAUUUACUUGAAUGAAGGAUGCGAUUAAGUGUGGCUUUUUGAGUACAUCGUUGAAGAAACAACUAUGUGGGGCGGGAAGGGGAGAGUGGACAAGAUAAAAUUCAGAGGAAGUAUUGGAUCGAGAAAAGAAAAACGAAGAAAAUCUAUUGCAGAAGACUAGUGAAUAGUGUAGGAACGCAACAGAAGUGUUCAGGUUGACUUUAGGCGGAGUCUCGCUUCAUGCCUCAGUUUCUCCCCCUCCCCCUACCUGGGGCGGGGGCAAGGGCGGGGCUAGAGGUCAAGGCCGGGGUGGGUGGGAUUGUGGAGGGUGGGGUCGGUUUGUCCCCUUUGCUCUCAGUCCUUAAAACCCCGGGUCGGGGUGCCCUGCAUCCGAAUGGCCGGACACCUGGCUCCUGAAUAUUUCUCGCCACCCCCGGGCGGUGGCGGGGCUGGUGGGUCCGAGCCUACGUGGAAUUGGUCGGCUUUUCAAGGCCCACUCAGUGGGGUUGGAACGGGGCCGGGUCCCGAUGGGUGGGGAAUGGCCCCAUACCACCCUUUGUACGAUAUGUGGGGAGGGGGCGUCUACUGUGAACCUCAGCCCAAUGUGGGAGUGAUGGCUCAGCCUGCUCAGGAGAUCGCAGUCCCCGACGGCGAUGCAGGACCGGGGGUUGAGAGCCCUUCCGAGGGCAGCUCCCCAGAGUCCCGUACCACUGCUCGGGUCACCAAGAUUGAGCCGGUGGAAAGUGGAGAAGAGCAGGCUCAAGAAACCCCUUCACCAGAAGAACUGGAGCAGUUUGCCAAGGAGCUAAAGCGGAAAAGGAUCACUCUGGGUUAUACCCAGGCUGAUGUGGGCAUCACCUUGGGGGCUCUCUUUGGCAAGGUUUUUAGCCAGACCACCAUCUGUCGCUUUGAGGCACUACAACUCAGCUUCAAGAACAUGUGUAAGCUUCGACCUCUGCUACAGAGGUGGCUAGAAGCAGCUGAUGACAAUGACCACCUUCAGGAGUUGUGUAAGACUGAGACAGUCCUUCAACAGGCCAGAAAGAGGAAGCGUACAAGCAUUGAGAAUGGAGUUCGGGGAAACUUAGAGACCAUGUUUCUCCAGUGCCCCAAGCCCACACUUCAGCAGAUCAGUAAUAUUGCUGAGGAGCUGGGCCUUGAGAAAGAUGUUGUCCGGGUUUGGUUCUGUAAUCGGCGUCAAAAGGGCAAGCGGAGCAAUGGCAACUCGCCACGAGAAGAUUUUGAAGCAGCUGGCUCCUUCGCUGGGGGACCUAUGCCUUUUCCCCUUGCUCCAGGCCCUCCAUUCAGUCAUCCCAGUUAUGGGGGUCCUCAUUUCACCACUCUCUAUUCCCCAGCCCCCUUCACAGAGGGGGAUGCAUUUUCCUCUCUCCCUGUUAAUACUCUUGGCUCAACCAUGCAUUCAAGCUAAAAGGCUAAGCCUGUCUUUGGGCAGAGGAGGUGAGAGAAUAGAGAUGAGGAAUCCAACAAAUUCUUCUAAAGUCUGGAAGUUAGUUGGUCGGUUGAGCUCUCUUAUCUUUGGAGCAUUUAGGAACAGGGAAGAAUGGGAUUAAUAUUUCAGAAAUUAUUAACAGAUUUUUGAGGGGAAUGGGUAAGGGAAAAGUUGUGAAAGUUUGCUUGUUUGUUAGUUCCACAUCUCUUUCAUCUCCCAACUCUUAAAUAAAGCAAUCUAAAGCAAUCCUAAUAGAAUCAAAACACUUCAAACAUUUAAA